GAAUGUAUGAGCCGAUGGUGUAGAUUACGACAGUACUAUUCAAAGGAAAGACAAAGCCAGGAAUUCAUACCAAGCGGUUCUGCACCUAAUAAAAAAAGACCAUGGGACUUAUAUGAGCAAAUGUCAUUUAUAGACAAGCAUAUAUACAAAAGAAGACGAAAAUAUACCAACAUCAGCAGAAGUGUAAAUGAGCCCUCACAGUCAAAUACUGCAGAAAAACAUGGACAGAAAUCACCUCUAAGUGAUAUAACCAAUAAGGAUGAUUUGCAAACUGAAUCACUUAUAUUCACGUCGUCGACAUCACCCAUAGGAUCGGAUUCAGAAAAUGUUUUGAUAUUCCCUUUAAGCCCUCAAUCUACAUCAUCUGAACAAUCAACAUUAUUUCAGAAAAAGAUGAAACCUAUAACAUCGUCGGAUACGCUAGAAAAAUCACUUAAUAUGGUAUCUCAGUCUGUAUCUGCAAUGGCAACUCGAAUGUUUCUGAAUGAUAAUGUUAACGAUAGAGAUGAAGCUUUGACAAAGAUGAUUUUGGCCGAAUUACAAAAUACUGCUGAGCCAAAAAAAUCAGAAUUAAGAAGAAAAUUAAUGAAUGUUAUCAUGGAGUAGAUGAUAUAAACUAUAAAUAUGUUAUAUAAUGUUUAACAUUAUCAUUUAUAAGUAUCAUUAAAGUUCACGUAUUAUCC